CAUGUUCCAUUUGUUGGACCCCCCAAGUACCACAAGACUUUCAGUUAUCUGGAGUGGGAAACAUGGGUAUCACGGAUCCAGACAUUUGUUGCGGCUAUGGAUUAGCUGGGGUGGACAUCCGUGGAUAUGACUGUCUACUCGUUCCUUCGGCUAGAAGUGCUGGCCAAGCUCGUUUGAAGGCCAAUCGGUUCUGUGGGGCCUCCAGAGGAUUGGCGGCAAUUGGUUCCCAAAGUGUGAACAUGGUUCCUCCUCUGAAAAUGGGGCUCUCGAUAGCUACUACCAUUUGCUCCAAUCGUGUCCCCUUUGCUAUUCGUUUCGUUUCGGAUAACUUUGAGUUUACCAUGGAAAUCCGCCCUCAAAAGGGUUUCAGGCUCCUUUAUCAACUUUCUGGUUGUACUUGAGAGUAGAUCCAAGAUAUUGGAUCAUUGUGUGAUUAUAGGAUUUGGCGCACAAACUUAAUAAA